AUGUAUUACCACACUUACGAAACCGUGUGCACCCUGCCGCUCAAGGCAGAUUUAUUUGCCCAGGCUGUUCAUCCUUCUCAGUCAAUCCUGUCAGUAGGAUUGACUUCGGGACAUGUCGAAACGUUCCGUCUACCAGCGGCCGAGCAUAGCGAAGACGAAGACGAAGAUGGUGACGACGACGAGGAUAUCGAAGGAACUUCGCAUUUGUCAGCAACGAACGGCAAUGGCACGGGCCAUAUAGACACGAUCUGGUCGACGCGCAGACACAAGGGGAGCUGUCGGUGUUUGACGUUCAGCAUUGAUGGCGAGACGCUCUAUUCUGCUGGGACGGAUGGGAUCGUCAAGGCUGCAAAGGUUGAGACGGGAGUUGUCGAGAAUAAGAUUCUCAUACCUCAGGCCAAGUCGAAGAAGAAAGUAGUAAAUGACGAAAUCGACUCUCCUUCUUUGAUCCACGCGCUCUCCCCCCAGAACCUACUAUUGGCAACUGACUCGGGCGCUCUUCACGUCUACGAUUUGCGUAUUCCUUACUCUCGGGUCACCGCACUCCCUGAACAGACAUACCGCCCUCACGACGACUACAUUUCCUCCCUCACGGCGCUCCCGCCGUCCGACACAAGUACUUCUGGCUACAGUAAACAAUGGGUUACGACUGGAGGCACUACUUUGGCCGCUACAGAUCUGCGCAAAGGUAUUCUCCGCAAGAGUGAAGAUCAAGAGGAAGAAUUGAUCUCAUCCGCUUACAUCGGCGGUCUACCUACAACUGGCUCCAAUGUUGGCGAGAAAGUCCUUGUUGGUAGCGGUACCGGUGUCUUGACAUUGUGGGAGAAGGGAGUCUGGGAUGACCAGGACGAGCGUAUCUAUGUUGCGCGUCAAAGCGGGGAAGGUGAAGCCUUGGAAUCGCUAGCCGUUGUCCCAUCGGACGCCGGGUAUGGCAAGAUGGUUGCUGUUGGUCAGUCCGAUGGAGCGAUAUCUUUGGUGUCGAUUGGCCGAAACAAGGUAUUGUCCAAAGUGCAGCAUGACGAGGUCGAAGGUGUCACCGCUCUCGGAUUCGACGUCGAAGGACGCAUGGUCAGUGGCGGUGGUCAGAUUAUCAAGGUCUGGAGCCCGAGUAUCUACAAUGAGGGAUAUUCCUUUGCCGGUAGCGUGAGAAAAUUUGAAGGGCCGAGUGAUGAUCUUGACAGCGACGAGAGCUACGGUAGUGAUGAUAGCGAUACCCUCAGGGAGAGAGCCCGACGCAAGAAGAGAAAGCGCGACAAGGGAAAGAAGCGCGACCGAGAAGUCAUGGGUUUCGCGGACAUGGAUUGA